GCGAAGAAGACGAAGAAGAAGACGGAGGCGGUUAGCGGUUAGCAGUUAGCAUUUAGCUCCUCGAGGAACGUCUCUGAGUUGUCUCUCUCCAUCCCACCGUCCUCCGAGCGCUGCAGGGUCGUCGGGGAUUCGCUUCUCUUCCUGAGCUGCCAACAUGCCGGCCGCACUUGCAGAUGCCAGUCAGAUCAUCUGUGAAGUCUGGGCAAGCAAUGUGGAGGAUGAGAUGAGGAAGAUCCGGCAGAUUAUUCAAAGCUACAAUUUCAUCGCCAUGGACACGGAGUUUCCCGGAGUAGUCGUCCGGCCGAUCGGCGAGUUCCGCAGCACGGUGGAUUAUCAGUAUCAGCUGCUGAGGUGCAACGUGGACCUGCUGAAGAUCAUCCAGCUCGGCCUCACCUUCAUGAACGAGGACGGAGACUAUCCCAUCGGCACCACGACGUGGCAGUUCAACUUCAAGUUCAACCUCACAGAAGACAUGUACUCGCAGGAUUCCAUAGACCUGCUCCAGAACUCCGGCCUCCAGUUUAAGAAACACGAAGAAGAAGGAAUCGAGACGCUCUACUUCGCCGAGCUCCUCAUGACGUCAGGUCUGGUGCUGUGUGAAAACGUCAAGUGGCUUUCCUUCCACAGCGGCUACGACUUCGGCUACCUGGUGAAGCUCCUGACCGACGCCCGGCUCCCGGAGGAGGAACACGACUUCUUCCAGAUCCUCAACCUCUUCUUCCCGGCGAUCUACGACGUCAAGUACCUGAUGAAGAGCUGCAAGAACUUAAAGGGGGGGCUGCAGGAGGUGGCCGACCAGCUGGAGCUGAAGAGGAUCGGGCGGCAGCACCAGGCUGGAUCCGACUCGCUGCUCACGGGCAUGGCGUUCUUCAGGAUGAAAGAGCUUUUCUUUGAAGACAACAUCGACGACGCAAAGUAUUGUGGGAGAUUGUACGGCCUGGGCUCCGGCUCCACCCAACCGCAGAACGGCCUCUCCAGCUCGGGCCAGGAGGAGACGAACAACAAGCACUGACCCCCGAGCGCUCCGACUUCUCAAGUGGCUUCGCACUUGUUUUAAAACCCGACCAGCAGAUUCCCCGACCCCCCCUCCCGUGAUCUCCCUCAGCACUCGACCCCUGAACAAGAGAAACUCCUCGUUUCCUCUGGAGCGACCGGACGACUCAGCAGUGGAUCCUCCCCUGGUCUACUGAGUACAAGGCCACAUAUCCACCUUUUAAACAUCCUUUUCAUUUACAGCAUUAGUGACGUCCUCCUUUACAGCAUGGGACCAUCUUUUAUAUCACACUGUGAUUUCAGACUGUAUAAAAACAGACCAUUUAGACCAAGCUUCAGAAUCCUCGGUUCCAACUUUCCUCUCGUCAGCGGGACUCGUCUCUUGUUGCAGGGAUUUCUUCUUUUUUUUUUUUUUUUAAAUGAAAAGCUGGAAGGGCCUGUAAAUUAAAAUGUAUAAUUUUGAUGAGAAUAAAAAUGUUUUAGCUCUUUUCCACUUUCAGAAAGUUUUAACAGUGUAUAACUGAGCUUGGUUAUGCAUGUGUUUCAAUGGGCAAACUACUGUUGUUCUGUAAACUCACCCACCGAACCCAGCUGUCCACCGUCAGGUUUACAGAUGUUGUGGUUACUGUUGUUUUUACAUUCUACAUUGUUUUAAACAGUUGUAUAUUAAAUUGUUUUGUAUUUUGAA